UUCCAAGGUUCGGGUUGAAACGGACUUAAAAAAGGUGAGGAUUUUCUACAGCUUUUCAGUAUAAUAUUGCAAAAUAUAUAUUAUGUUUAAGCACGAUGAGUUUACUAGAUAAAAAAAUGGAGGUAUCUGGAAAGGUAACUUCGACAUCAAAGACGAACUUUAACCUCUACUGUAUUACGUGUGAUACAGAUGGAUUAAAGGAGCCAGCUUACGGAUUUUGUCAAGACUGCCAAGAACAUCUUUGCAAAAGUUGCUUUCAACAUCACAGAAGGUCAAGGCUAUCUAGAAACCACGUACUGCUUGAUAAAGACGCUAUGCCAACACAACAAACAGCCGUUGACGUAAAUACAGACGUCAUUACUGACAACUGUACCAACCAUAGGGAUAAACCACUGGAGUUCUAUUGUAACAAUCACAAAACUGUAGCAUGUUAUGUCUGUGUGACACUUGAACACAAACAAUGUAAAGUUGACUAUAUUCCUGAUGUUUCAGGUAACAUAUCUGGCGAGUUGAUAGAUUUGAACAAAAAGAUGGAAGAUUUAGUCAAGAAAUGUGAAUAUAACAUUAUGAAGGCUUCAGCUGCUACAAAGCAACUAGAACAAAGUCGUGGAAAAGUUGUUGAAGACAUACGGCUCUUGAGAAAGGAAAUAAACGAUCGGUUAGAUGAGAUGGAAUCUAUGAUGAUAAAAGAAGCUGAAGCUGUUGUUAACACAGCAACCUACAAAAUCAAGAAUAUCAAGGUUGUUUGUGAAAAAAUAGCCGAGGAAGUGAAACGUUCACAGUCAAUUCUUAAUGCCCUGAAGGAAGCAAAAAAGCAGAAUAAGCUUUUUAUUGUAAUGAAGAACGCCACACCACGUAUGAUGACACUGGAAAGUGAAGAAAUACAGAUUGUCAAAGAUAAUAUGACAUAUGACGACAUUCAAUUUGACCGGAACGAAAAGCUGCUUGAUCAACUGAAAAGUGAGAAAAACUUUGGAACAAUUUCAACAUACAGAAAACCAUCAGAAGAUACUGAAAUAUGUGCGAAUAAUGAAAGAUCGCACAACGUGACUUUUCCUUCUGAUAAAGAAAGAAGCAAUGUCGUUGGGAUGGUAAUGGUUUCUGCCACAGAAAUGGUCAUCGCUGAUUACGAUAAUAAAAAUAUUAAAAUGAUAGAUGUAAACUCAGGAUCGUUGUUGUCAGAGGAAACCCUGUCUUCAGCACCACGCGAUGUUAUAAGACUUCCGCAAAAUGACCUUGCUAUUGCAUUACCGGGUGAAAAGUGUAUCCAGAUAAUGUCUUAUAUUGAUACAAGUUUGUCUUUAGAUCGUCGUAUAGAUGUCAGAGAAUUAUGUAAUUGUGUAGCUUAUUGUAAGGACAAGCUAGUAGUGGGCUGUAAUUAUAAUCUAGGAAAGCUGGUUAUUCUGGGUUUAGACGGAAAAUUGAUUCAGGUGUUUGAUACUCCUGGAUUGUUUGAUAGACCUAAAAAUAUUGUUAUCAGCAGAGAUGAGAAGUUCAUGUAUGUGUCCGAUUACAGUAGAUAUAUAGCUAGCAAGUGUAUAAAGCUAGACUGGCAAGGUAAUGUUGUACAAAGCUUCACGGAUAAAGGAUAUAGAGGUCCUCAAGGAAUACAGGAGUUGUCAGAUGGUACAUUGUUAGUCUGCUACAACGGCAGUCACAAAAUUGUCAGAUUGUCGAGCAGCUUUAAGAAAUGUGAGAUCACAGGAUUAGAGAAAAUAAACCUUUUCUUUCCAAAUGCCGUAACAUACAGUGAAAGCAAUAACAAAUUAUAUGUUAGCUGUUCUUCUGAUAAGGUGUGGGGUUCAAAUGAUACAAUAAAGGUGUUCAAUGUGAGAUAGAUUAUUAAUAUGUUUUGAAUGCGAAUAUAUGCUGAAAUGUGACACAUUGGAUAUAAUCAGUAGUAGACAGAUUAUAUUAUUGGGAACAUACUAAAUUAAAAAUAGACAUCUUCUAUUCAAAGUUGAUAAACUCUAGAAAUUCAGAUUAAUGUUUAACAGAAAAAUGCAUAAUGAAUGUAGAUUAUUAUUUUUAAAUCAGACUAAUUAUUAACUUAAGAUCAUCAUUUAUAUACCAUGUUAAAGAACAACCUAUUAGUAUGACUUUUCAAUUAAUCAUUUAAUUGUCCAGUGAAUAUCCCCGCUUUGUUUUUAAUUGAUAAGUCUGCAAUGAAGGAAUGUUAGCUGUUGUUUUUUUGUGUGUAAAUAAAAAUAUUAUGUUAAGUUAUACUUUAUUAUACUAAACAAAUGUGGUUAUUCUCUUUCAAAUGCCAUAAUAAAAAGGAAUAUGAAUAUUUCAAUACGUACAUGUGGGCAGAAAAGUGUUUGAUUUGUAAUAAUUACUGCAUGAGUGAUCCUUGUUGACUUCAUCAGUGAUUUUGAAAAUGAUAUAACUAUUUGCAUUUCACAUGGUUUCAGCUGAAUAUGAACAAAAUUGUUGACCAUAGUUAUUUAUUUAUAUGUUACAGACUCUUUACAUUUACAAUGCUAUAUUUCAUAUUGAUAAAAAUGAUAAACAAUAGAAGCUUAUCUUAAUAUUUGUGAUAGUAAUUGACAUGCUAUGUUGUGCUGUUUUUGCAAACAAUUACUGAAUAUAAAAUUCAUGUUUGUAUGAUGUAUUAUGUACUGAGAUGAAUAAAUUUGAUUGAUUGGA